UCCAUCUCCCCUCCGUCACACUGGCCCCCAACAAUGCAGCCUGGGGUCCGAUCUAUAUACCUAUUCUCGUAUCUCGCCCCUUCGGUCUUUUGGCCCCCUUAGCUGUGCAUGCAUAUCCGCCUAGCUACGCCCCGUAGUCCGAAACGUGAUAGCCGACGAGGUGAGGAGAUAGUCAAACAAAUCAAUAUGGUAUAUUUGGCGCCAGAGGCACCUUUGUUUAACCUUUCCCGCCGGUGCAUGCAUUCUUCUUUAGUCGCCCUUUCCUCCCGCAAUCCUGCUCCGUUCGCGUGGUAAUUUGUCAUUCUUCCUACUCAUAGACCUAAUUAUUCAAACCUUAAUGUCUUAUUAUUAAUUUUCGUCUUCGCUUCUUGAAGACCUGUUUCCGCUGCAAUGAACUCGAAAAAAUUGUUUUCCCGUCGGUUGAAGCAGGAACCCUCAGAACCAUACUAUCGGACAGGAGGACUACUCCCCAUUGAUAUGGGCCCAAGUAACUUCAGUAACGGCCUCGAAGAAAAGACCACCUCCAGCGCUGGACGACGACGCCUGCCGAACCUCAAGAUCAUACCCCCAGACCCCAAGCAAUUCAACCUGAGUGCACUGUCAUCGCAACACAAUGCUGCACUGGCCAGCUCCGCAUCCAACCUGAAGGCCGUCUUCAGUGACAUGAUUCGCUCUCCAAUAUCAGUCGCCAUCGUCUCCCCCGACCCCAGUCUCACACAUAAACCCCUUCCACCACGACCGCGAUCUGUAUCUCUACCACCUACUCCAGACCUACCAGCCGAACUACCUGGAUCCAUUCUCCUGGACAAUCAGGGGUUUCCACCAUGCGCAGCUCCCGAAGCCUCUAUACCCACGCGUCCCGUUUGGCAGAAUAUCCGACGGGAGACGGAUCCCACUGAUAGAUACACGGAGGAUCUAGGAGAUGUUUCUACUCUGUUGUGUCUGUUCCCCAAGCCACUCAGCCAUGCAGGAAGUAGCCCUGAUCUGAACAGUCCACAUAGCACGCUCAAGUCAGUUCGCAGUAACAACACCCUCAACGCGAGCUUCUCUGCCAAACCUAGUCCGUUGAAAGGGAAGGCAAUGCAACAUUUGAACGAAACCUGCUCGCGAAAGCGCUCCCGCCAAAGCUUACUGGAGUUGUCGCUAUUCACCGACAGCAAGUAUUCAUCAUUAGCGAACGAAGAUGCCAACAUCAACUUAAAAGACCAACUGGAUGCGAGCAAGCUUUUGCAACCAUCACCGAUUGCUGUAGAAAGCGUGACUUGGGGGAGCGAGGCGGGAAGUCUGGAGUUUCACCGAAGAGAUUUUGGCGCGCCUACACUUACUCCUCCAAUGGUUCCAAGCAAGCAAAUCGAAGAACUUGUGGCCACUGUUACAACCCGAGACCAAACGAUACUCACACUCCAGUCGCACUUGGGCAGUUUGAGAGCAUCGCACGAGGCACAUAUUGCGAGCUUUGCGGAGACAUAUGCGGCGGAAGUGGCUUCGUUGAAAAAUCAUGCACGAGUGUUGGAAGAGCAAUUGUUCCAACACGCUUCUGUACAUCAUGCUCCAAGCAACGAUCUCUUGUUUCUGUUCGAUACUACCGCACCACCAACGCCGAGUUGUGAAAGCUCGCGUCACACUUCAAGUAUCGAGUCCGCCGGCUCGAUUUCGCCUGUUCAAAGCGAUUUGGAAGGUCAGCAACGGUCGCUGCAACGGUCGCAACCUAGUCCUGAGAUGGAGAGCCUGAAGCGCCGGUUGAGCACGUCGCGUCGACCGGAUACAGCGAACCGCAAUCUCCUCCCUGAGCUGAACCAGUUCAAGCAAAACAAUGCCGCCUUGCAAAAGCAGAUCGAGUCGUUGAUGGCUAAGCUCAAUGAGUCGAAGAAGAGCGAGAGAACACUUAAGGAUUCGCUGCAAGAUAGUGAAGACAGGUGCACCCAAUGGCAAGACCAGGCAGUCAGGGCUGACAAGAUCGCAAAGAGCGCCAAAGCGUUGCAGAAUACUAUCGAUAAUUUGGAGAAUCGGCUUGAGAUUGCAAAUAUCGACAAGCUGGAUGCUGAGGAGCAACUUUUCAAUCUGCGAGUGCAACAGUGUCCGUUCGAUAUUGGGACGUCGAAGCCCCGGUGCCCAGCUGUUGCAGAGGAUGAUCAUAUGAAGGAUGCACACACGAGUAUGAGUACUGCCUACUCGACGGGAUCUCCCAGGAAUUCACAAGAGCCGAUAACCCUAUCUGCCUUCGCCGCCCAUAUGGAACGACUUCAAGAUGUGAUCGGGCAAAAGGACGCACAGAUCUCGGAGCUAGAGGGCGAGAAUGAAGAAUUGCGACAGAGACACAGCCAACUUGAGCAAGAGAACAAUGAGACCAACCUUCGACUGGAUAUACAAAGCGAGCUGAUUGAAAAGACGAGGCAAACGGAUACACACAUCGAGCAGCUACGAACCGCCAUCAUCGACCGCGAAGCAAUCAUCGGAGAGAAAGAGAAGUCAAUCCGUCUGGUCGAAAGACAGCUAGAACACCACAAGCUCCUACUCGAAGCGGAGAUACGAAAGCAUGCUAAGAUGACACUCCACGCCGCUGUCAAAGAUGACCCUCUUCCUGAACUCAACAUGCUUGCUGCGAAAGAAGAAGUGGACAAGUGGAUCAACAAGCUCAACCAGCGCCUGAAGAAAGAGAAGCCCAUGACCGAGGGACCGGUGCCAGGUAAUGCGCUCGAGGCGCAAGUCGAAGACAUGCGACAAGAAAUCGAAUUCUACGUCCGUGAAAUCAUCUACUACAAGCUGGACGUCAAGGGCUAUAAGAGCGAUAUCAAAAAACUGAAGAGGGGUACUACACAAUUGAACUGCUAUGGAGGCAAGACUAGUGAUCUUGAAUCCGACACGUCGUCGCUUAGACCGGCGCCUACAUCCAGUCGCUUGCGUUUCCCUGCUGCAACGUCUGAUGUUGGUGGUGUGGGCGCGACAUUGUCUGCUCGGCCGAUUCCUCCCUUCGCCAGGGGAUCGACGAACCGUCCAGUAACUCCACCAUUGUCCGGAUCUACCAGCAAACCAGGCCGCUUGCCAGCAGACUCCAAGAAGCCCACGGGCAAGUACAAUCCCCAACCAUUCGACGUCAAGACUCCUCGCACGCCGCACCGCAAAGUCGACUCCAAGACUGUGAACGACGUAGAAAAUGUCGACCCUAGUAUCUCUCCUCGGCCAGUCGUAAGACUGUCCCCACCAUGCGGGAAUCCCACACCUGCGUCGCCUGCUCGGGAGAAAUCUGGCGAUGUGCUGAUGGACUGUGCUUUGAGUACUCUGGCCUCGAAUAUGAAAGUGGAUGGUGUGGAUGGUUCGUGUAUGCGCCACGGCACGGCGGUGGAGAUGAUGAGUAGACCUCAAGUAUUGACGACGGGUGUGAGUUCUGGGAUUGAGCGACAGCAACCAGCACCAGCAGUGAGUCCGAAGAAAGUGAAAACGAUACCCGCUCGCCCGCCCCGGCCACAGCACGGCCUCUUCGAUACGCCCACAGCGAAUCCACAGAAUACAAACUCUAGACCAUCCAAUCCGCCCAACGAGACCGCUCGACUCGCCCUCGAUCACAGCCUCCCCACUACCUCAAUCCCACACACGCCCCAACCUGCCCCUGCAGCCGCAGAACCCUCCCCACCCCAGCAACCAGACCGCAAACCCAGCGCGCCGUCCACUUCCAACACGCCCUUCGUGAUCGCCAUGGGCUCCCCGCACAAUCCCACGCUCAAUCUCCUCGCUCCUGUGGCCUCGUCAAUACCCGCGGCGUGCUCGAUUACGAGGAAUUGCGCGUUGCUGAAAAGCGCGCCUUUGCAGAUGAACACGGUGUGUCCGGGGGAGUUGGGGGAAGGAGGGGGUGUGGAUGAGGAUGGAGUGCGUGGGAGGGAGGGGUUUAGGACGCCGAGUCGGAGGAGGAGUGGGAGUGUGGGGAGCGUUGUGACUGCGAUUCGGGUAUCGAGGCGGGAGAAAGAUGGAGAGAAGGGCGUUUAA